AUGAAGCCCCGCGGCCUCUGGGCCGCCGCGGGGGCCCUCGCGGCCUCCCGCUGCGUGGGGGAGCAGGUCGGGCCCUUCCUGGACUACCUCUCGGCGGACCCGAGCUGGGCGGCCCAGGAGCAGGCGCCGCCCGCCGAGACGCCCCGCCAGCGGGGCGCGUGGCCGCGGCCGGAGCCCGCGGUGUGGCUGCCGGAGCGGCCGGCGCGGGGCGCCGCCGGGUGCGCGCGGCCGUGCGCCGAGGCCGAGGGAGAGCUGUGCUGGGACGGGACGUGCGUCUACCGCCCAUGGGCGCUGCACAGCGAGCCCCGGCUCGGCUGCAGCGUCGUCCCCGACGACGAGUGGUCAGAGGGAAGGCUGGCCCCGAGCCAGCGGGACCGAUGCCACUCCGCCGCGGCUGUGGCCUCGGAGUUCAACUGCCAGGCCGCGGCGCGCUGGUGCAGGUGGUACACCGACGCCCCCGAGUGGUAUGCGCGCCUGCGCGGGGCGCCCGAGGGCCCCGUGCACGGGCCGCGGGCGCCCGGGGCGCUGGAGCGGGGCGGCGCCGCGGCGGUGGCGGCCGCGCGGGCGGUCGCCGUCGCGGCCGCCACGCUUCCAGCCUCCCCGACCCUGAGCUACGUGCUCGGCGCGGGCGGUCUCCCCGACCAGCCGGCCGCUCCUACGUAG